GUCACAACAGAGAGGACUUCAAAGGCAGCCGGCGGGGCGAGAAGAGUGAGUGACAGACAGAGAGACAAAUGAGAGGAGCAAAACCAGGGAGUACAAAGCUAACGAAGAGGACGGGAAAAGACGUCAGUGGAGACAAUAUUUCUUCCUCUUCAGAGCAUGGUGGCAGAGUGCAGAUGGAUUUAGUCGACCUCUACCUCCCAGAGUGUUUCACCUACCACUCUGACAGCGAACAUCUCAGCAGGAUGUCACUGAGGGGCUUGGACCCCACCUGUCCCUCCACAAUAAAGCGUGAGCCCUCCAGCCCAAGCCCCAGCUCCCAGGGGGACGUUAGCCCGGCUCAGCCAAGUCCUGGAAGCUCUUCGUCAGACACAAACUCCAGCUACGGGCCUUUGACCAAAGUAAACAACCAUAGCAAUGGGCUGGACUUACCAGGCCUUUACGGUCACACAGCCGCGUUGGCCAAUGGGGGCAACGUGGGAUCAAACAGGAGGUUUGGCGAGGAAGAAAGCCAAGUGAAGUGUGAGUUCAUGCUGGGUACCGUGGCCAAGCGGUUGUGUCUUGUGUGCGGUGAUGUGGCCUCUGGUUAUCAUUACGGUGUGGCGUCCUGUGAGGCCUGCAAAGCCUUCUUCAAGAGGACCAUCCAGGGUAACAUUGAAUACAGCUGCCCAGCCUCAAAUGAAUGUGAAAUCACCAAGAGAAGACGGAAAUCCUGCCAGGCUUGUCGAUUUGUGAAAUGUCUGGCUGUGGGCAUGUUGCGAGAAGGUGUGCGUCUUGACCGGGUUCGGGGUGGCAGACAGAAGUACAAGAGGAGAAUAGAUGCUGAGAACAGCACUUACCUGCACCCACAGAAUGCCUUGCCUCAGAAAAAAACCUUCACAGUUGGCAGUGUGGUAGAGAACAAGGUGGUGUCUCUGCUGCUGGUGGCUGAGCCAGAGGGAAUCUUUGCCAUGCCAGACCCCACUGUGCCCGAGAGCGACAUAAAGGCUCUGACCACACUGUGCGACCUCGCCGACAGAGAGCUGGUGGUCAACAUCGGCUGGGCGAAACACAUCCCAGGCUUCCCCUCUCUCUCCCUGGCUGACCAGAUGAGCUUGCUACAGAGCGGUUGGAUGGAGAUUUUGAUUCUUCGGGUUGUGUUUCGAUCUCUGGCCUUGGAGGAAAAGCUGGUGUAUGCUGAGGACUACAUCAUGGAUGAGGAGCAGUCAAAGUUGGCCGGGCUGCUGGACCUCAACAACGCCAUCCUUCAGCUGGUGAAGAAGUUCAAAACCAUGGGGCUAGAGAAGGAGGAGUUUGUGGUCCUCAAGGCUAUUGCACUGGCUAACUCAGACUCCAUGCAAAUUGAAGACUCUGAGGCAGUUCAGAGACUCCAGGAUGUUCUUCAUGGCGCCCUGCAGGAUUACGAAGCCACCCACCACCCGGAGGAUCCUCGGAGGGCCGGCAAACUGAUCAUGACCCUCCCCCUCCUCCGUCAGACAGCUGCUCGAGCCGUGCAGCACUUCUGCAGCAUCAAACAGGACGGCCGGGUGCCGAUGCACAAACUGUUCCUCGAACUGCUGGAGGCCAAAGCCUGACAUGAACACAGACAGCCAUUAUUUUCAUCCUGACUCCCUGCGCAGGUGUUGGAUGACAAAAAAAGUGAAGGAUAACGGGUAAUGGUGUGGUUUGACACUCUGUAUUUCGCAUUCAGCUUGAAGUUUCGACUCUGCAAUCCCUGGGAUGCAGCGUAUGCAAACAGCUGUGAAACUUUAAGAACAACACAGUACUUCUGAUAAAACACUCAACUGGAGGUCAAUGAAGCUGUAAGGUUUUCCUUCAGUGUCUUGAAACGAGGAGUAUGACACUAUUUUAAGCCUGUUGACCAGUUUCUGAUUUGCUGAAGAUGAAGGGACAAACUGCAUUAAAGCAGAAGGAAUUGCCUUCCAGAGAUAUUUACAGUUAUAUGCCAAAAGUAGAGCUUCUUUUGUUGAAAAAACACGAUACUUGAAGAUCCUCAUGGAUUAUUCCAUCCAUCUUGAAGCCUGUUAAUAUGCAUUCUAGUGCAUUUAGGAAGCCUUUAAAUAAAUAAAUAUUGUUUUUCCUUUUUUGUAUAAAAAAGGUAUCUGAAGAGGUUAGUCUUGCCAAAGAGUGAAGACUUGUAAUAUUGACUAAUACCAGCAUACAUCCACAAUGAUAUUAUGUGGCCUGUAAGACAUUCAUGUAAACGUACAUCCCUGCUGUAUCAUGUAUUGCAAAAGAAUCUAUCAAUCCACAAAAUUCAUAUGUGGGAAAUUUAAAUAAAGUAAAUUAGAAAUCAGAAUCUCAUAGUACAAUAGGUGGACUCCUGAUUUUAGUAGAAAUUUCAGGGAAAGAGUAUUUUGUGUUAUUAUGCAACUGCCCUACAGCAAAGUGAUAUUUAUUAAAAAAUGCCUGUUUUUUGCUGUUUUUAUUUACUAAUUUGGCAUUUAUGAAAGUAUAUUAAAGCAAUUAUAGUAGAAAAAUGUUUUUUAAAGAUUUUUGAAUAUCAUUGUUAGAUAUUUUUUCUAGCUUCUCUGCUGCAGCACUGAUACAUAGAUGCAUAUCAUAUCAAAAUCAAGUCAGCAUAAUAAUAAUUGGAGUAUGUCCUUGAAGAUCAUAAUGUUGUAGAGUUGUUGUAAGCCCAUAGAUAUAACUUUAACUAUGUAAAAUGGCUGCCAUACUGUAUAAUCUGGAUUAGAGAGGCAUUUGAUGUCUUCUCUAGGUGGUAGAAGUUUAUGUGUAGGAUGAAAUUUGUGCACUACUUUUCCUUUUAGCCAUAAAGUUUGGGGAAACUGGUAUCAGCGCUCUGUUUAUUUGUUAGUGUGUUUUUGUGUGAAGAGUAGUUCUAUCUAAAAUGUAUCUUUUGUGCGCUCAUUAAAUGAGGGGUUUAAACUGGGAAGGAAUCUUGGUACGAUUGAUAAAUUACCGAAGUCUGGCUCCUUAUUCUACUCAAGGUACUGUGACACUAUAAUGUGCAUAUUUUUGUGAUAAGAUGAUGGCAGCAAUAUGCCGGUUUAAAUGUAUGUACUGUAGGUUUUGCUGUAUAUACGUCAUGUCUUAUGCCAACAGAGAUGUUUAAAGAUGCAAAUAAGCUUCGCUUGGAUGAGCUGUGCCGUGUUAUUUCAUUCUCAGGUGGAUUCUUGGGCAAUAAAGAUGAUCCCUUAAUGCAA